AUGGUGGUACUCUUCAUCCCUCUUCCUCUUGUGGCCCAAGCCUUGGGAGAAGUAGACACAGCCUUCAUCCAAGCCACCGAGCACCGCCCAAAACUCGCCAUUGUCGAAGCAGACGACAUUCCACUGAUUGAUCUCUCCGUUCUAAACUCCCCCAACUUGUCGAAGCCUGACACCGCAGCCACAAGACCUCUUAUAUUCGAGAUAGCUAAGGCCUGCAAGAACUGGUGUUUCUUCCAAGUGAUCAACCAUGGGGUGCCAUUAGAAUGGCGAAAAAACCUUGAGAUCACGACGAGGAAGUUAUUCGCUCUAUCAAAGGAGGAGAAGAAAAAGGUGAGGAGAGAUGAAGUGAACCCAUUGGGGUAUUAUGAUACUGAGCAUACCAAGAAUGUUAGAGACUGGAAAGAGGUGUUUGAUCUUAUCAUACAAAAUCCAACACUGUUUCUUGCUUCUCAUGAGCCUGAUGAUAAGGAGUUGAGAGAGUAUUUUAAUCAGUGGCCCGAUAAUCCACCAGAAUUGAGGUAA